AUGAGGCCUGAAAAACCUAAACAAGAAAAAUGGACAUCUCAGAAAUCUAAAAAAAAACUCGGACUCUCCGAUUCAAAACUCCUCAUCCGAAAAGCCGCUGAGCUCCGUCGCCUCUGCGAUGUACACUUCGAUUCCUCGAUCAUCGGCGUCGGCGAAGUUGCCAAAGCUAUCAUCUGUAUGGAGAUUGCAGCAACGAGGCUAGGUGUUCUCUUUGAUCGAUCUUCAGCAGUGAAACUCAGUGGAAUGUCUGAGAGAGCUUAUAUCAGAUCUUACAAUUCACUUCACAAUGGCAUUGGUGUCAAGUUGAAGCUUGAUGUGAGAGAAUUGGCUAUUCGAUUUGGUUGUGUGAGGAUUAUACCUUAUGUUCGCGACGGUCUCAAGCUUUAUAAGGAUAUGUUUCUUGCUUCGUUGCUUGCUGCUCGCCGUGCUAGUGCUGAUUUUACUCGUCCGAUGUUCAUGGUUGUUGCUUUUUAUUUAUCUGCAAAGAAACAAAAGCUUAAAGUUUCCACUUCUAUGAAAGACUUGUGCCAUGAUGUUUUUGGGGUAGCUAAAGAAAAGAAAGAUCCUACAGAAUUAAAGACCAAUAGAGAUCUGCUUGAUGUAUUGCCAAGCAAAAGAAAAGCUGAGGAUGGUGGCUAUCCAUAUGAUGAUGGAGUAGAGUACUAA